CUGUUAUGUCAAAUGUCGCACGUCACACAAACGUAAAAUGCUGAAGCGGCCAUAUUUGCUCUUCGAUUAUAAGUUUAUUAUGAGAUAUUGAAGAGUUCAAACAAAUUUAAAUUUCGUACAAUACUCGUUUGAAGUGCUAGUUAGAACUUCCUAUGAUUUUAGGAAUGAAUAACCUAAAAAAGGUUGCUGGUUCCGAUGAAGAAGAUGACAUAGAAAGUUUGCGACUAGCAGCAUUACAGUCCCUGAAGAGGAAAAAUGAGUUCCCUGAAUGUUCUACUCUACCAUACAAUCAAUGUUCAAGCCCCGAGAAAGGCAAUCAUUACAGAUCACUUAAAGGACGAAAUAAAAGAGGAAGAUAUUUUGGACAUCAGGGGAGAGUAGGAAAAAAUGUCCAAUUCAAUCGAGUUCGAAGUACAAACCUGAUAUCCAUAACACCUGUAUUAGAUGAAGCAAACGUUGAAGACACAGUCGCACAGAAAUCUCCUGCAUCACUGACCCUACCACAAGAAAAAUACAGUAAAACAUCAGAUGAGCAACAAGGGAUUGAAAAAGAAGGCACAAGCAAGUUCAGCCGUUAUAAUAAUUCAGAUAAAUCUGAAUCAGAAUCAGAUGUAGGAGAUAUUUCUUCAGAGGAUGAAGUUACUGGAGGAAAACUACAAAGAGCUGAUAGUUUGGAAGCUUUAAUGCAAGAACUAGAUAAUGAAAUUCAAGGAAAACCUAAAGAAGAUAAUCAAAUUGCGGAGGAUAAGCCGAAAGUGAAAAAAGUAAAGAAGAAGAAAAGGACAGUGUCAGAGUCUGAACUCAAGAAUCAAGAUUCCAAACAUGACAGUGAAGAUCUUGAGAAAAAUGUUGAAGAGCCUGAUAAAGAUAUAAAGAAUAUCCAGGAAAUUGAAACAAAAAAGAAAGAAGUUGCAGGGGAAAUCUCUGCCCAGCCUAUGAACCUAGCAAAAAUUGAACCAAUACCUGCAGAUGUUCCUAGUCCCAGUAAACGACCUGUCAGAUCGAGGUCUCCAUUCAGUAGAAGAGCAUUCCACAGAAGAACAAACCACAGGAAUUUCUCCAACCAUGCAAUAAAUUUUCCUCUUGUUCCACCUCCUCAUGUGCAGUAUGGUCCGCCUCCGAAUCAUUUUCAGCCACACAUUUUACCUUUCCCAAAUCAGCAGUUCAAUCCAAUGUUUGCACCUCCAGGUGUCAUUCCACCACAAAUGCCAAUGUUUUUCGACAGACCAUUGUCACCACUUGCCAUCAACACCGAAUCUUUAACAACGACCACAAGGGCCCCUCUAUCUCCGAGGAGUGCAGCUUUUGUUCUACAAAACAAGGCAAUAAUCGAAAAACGCAGGAGGUCACCCAGGCGAUCUUAUUCUCGAAGUCCUUCAAGGAGCCUUUCACGAAGCCCUAGGAGGUCCUUGACCCCCCCAAGACGGUUUCCAAGGAGGUCUAUUUCUCCCAGGCGAUCCCCCCGUAGACUGUCCCCCAGAAGGCGAUCUCUAUCCCCGAACAAGAGGUCCGGAUCUCCUAGAAGAGUAAAACCUCCAAAUAGUGAUCAUUCUCCUACAAAUAGGCCCAGGGUACGGGAAAGACUGGGGUCUGGCAAACCUAAUAAUUCUGGAAACGGGAAUUCGAACAGAGCAUCUAAAGAGAAAGAGGUUGUGCCCCAGAAAGAGGUGGUACCUUUGGACCCAGUUCUUGAGGCACGAAAGAGGAAGUUCGAAACAAACGAAAUUGGCAAGAAAGGCAUCAUAAGGCUGAAGCCAAAGGAGAACAAACCUGCGGAGGUGCCCGUGGAAGUUCCUCCGCAGCCAAUAGUUGAAGAAGAGUUGGAAAAAGUUGAUCCAACAAAAAAAGACACUGACAAGGAUCCCGACGAGUUCAAAGAACUGGAGAAGCUGCUCAACGAGGACGCUUUACUCGAAGAUGAUGAAAUCGUACUGGACCAAAAGGUGGAAGAUAUAUUUUCAGACGAUGAUUUCGCCAGCGACAAUGAGGGACGUUUCAAAGUCAAAGAAAAAGCUAAUGAAAAAGUGGUAAGUUUGCCUUUCACGAAGUUGGUGAAUGGUGCCAAGGAAGAGAUAAAAUCUGAGGCUCUGCCAGAUACUCGAAGGGAUACUAGAGACAGAGAAAGAGGGGGAAGCUACUGCAGCAGAUUUAGUGACAGGAGGACCAGAACUCGUUCUCCGGCUGGCAGAAGGGAAUCUAGUAGUAGGCGAGAAUCACACCGAGAGUCCAAGGAAAAACCAGUCCCGAAGAAAAUAGAAUCUCAGGAAAAAGCGCAAGUUAAACGUCGAAUAUCAGGAAAGAGUGAGAAACCAUCUCCGGUCAUGGAUAGGAAGUUUGAGAGAAAGAUCGAGAUUAAAAUCAAGAAUCCGUCAAAGUAUGAGAAGAAUACAAAGUCUAGGUCUGUGAAAAAGGAGGAGGAAAAGAUCCAAAUCAAGAAUGAGAAGGUUGCAGCGGUUGAAAGCGAUUGUGAAAUCUCUGUAGAAGUUGAAGAUGAAGAUGAGGAAAUGAAAUCUGAUUUGAUUUUUAAUGAUAGCGAGGAGGAGGAGAAUUCUGCAGUGAAUGACGGAGAUCUCAGAGCUCAACUCAGUAGAAAAAGAGCUGAGAAGCUAAAUAAGUUACCAGCACAAGAAGAAGUCUCUUCUAGGUUACUCCAAUUUGCCCUGCAGGGAGCCGUCUUCAAGAAGUCCAAAAAGAAGUCGCGGGACAAGAGUAUUACUCACAGUGAGAUUGCGGCUGUUAGAGAAAUACUGCAUGCUGAUUAUUUUUCAAGAAAGUUUUGUGUUGCCUGCAAAACAGAGAGAAAAGUUCGUGUGUACAAGCCUCGAUACAAGCGUAGACAAUUCAAAUUUAGAUACUAUCGCAGACCAGAUGGAAAAUUGCCAAUUCAUCUGCGUCUGGGCAUCGCUGACCAGUCCGACACCUUUGAAGAUGUGAAGGUGAAAAAAAAAUCGAGGAAAAGGAAAAACCGUGAGGUACUGGAGCAGGUAUAUUAUCUUUUGUUGCGACAUUCAUAUUCUAGAACAGUAUCGAUGUAAGACCCAUAUAGCUUGUCCUUUUUUUUUAAUUAGUUUUCGAAACGAGGUUGACUUUGCAUUGAAUGAUUUAGUGGGAAGAUUACGGAGUUAUAUUCAUUUCAAAUCUAUUAAUAUAUUUAGAAGUUCUGAACUAUAUGAUGAUUGAUGAUUCUCUAAAUCUAGUUGAUGGAAUCAGAAUAUGCUUCAUUGCUAUUAAACUUACAACUCGUGCAAUCUGAUACUGACUCAACUAUUUUAGUUACUUGUAGCUUAUUUUCUAGGAACGAUUGAAACCAUUUCAAUACAUUACACUAAUAUUUCAUUUUAUCUUUGAUUUCAUUAUACAUGAAAAUAUUAGCUUAACAGCAAAUUUUUUAAUAUUAUGGGAUCACAUUCAUGUUCAUCAAUUGAGCUUGGUGUAUGAGAGAUUAAUGUUAAAAUCAUUUCCAGAAAAAGGGAAAUGAUAAUAUAAACCCAAAAACUCGGUUUCAAAAUUCAAAUUUUGAGAGGUAUAUGAAAUUAAUCAGUCACUAAGGCCUUCAUCAAAUAUAAGGCAUUUUGCCUUCUCAAUUAGGGUCCAAUUCAGUAUCUCAGCCAUGCCAAUUUGAUGUGGUGUAUGGCUAUUUGAGGUUUGAUGACACCUGCUGAAUUCCUUGCUAUAUUCACCACCAUUAUCGCUUCUAAGGAUCUUUAUCUUCAGGUUUUUAUGAUUUUCCACCAUAUUUUUGAAUUCUUUAAACUUCUUGAAUGUCUCAUCUUUGGUCUUCAGGAAGUAAAUGAUGCUCAUGCGACUGUAAUCAUUGAUGUAUGUUGUAAUACUCCUGCUCAACUUCCCUCUUUGGGAAAUGGAAGGCGAGUUUGCUUGCCUCUACAGCAGACUUCAUAGUUUUGCACAUUAGUUUGCCCUUUAUUACUUACUUACUAAUUUCGCUGUCUUGUCUUGGUAAGAAUUGUUUAGAUAUCCUAAGGGCCUAUGCCAAAUUUCACUAUUCACAGUGAUUUCAUAAACAUCCAAUUUAUAAACGUUGUAAUUCAGGCUAGCUGAAGCUACCAGUACGUUUUCUGGAUUAUAAAUGAGACAUCCAUGUUCACUGAAACAUACUCAAUAGCCAUUUUUAAUGAAUUGGUAAACGGACAAAAGGUUAGGUUAGGUUAGACAAAGGGCAUACUGAACCCCUUUCAAUAAAAUAUGUCUUUAAUCUGUGAGUGUAUUCAUUUCAAUGUCACCUGCACAUUCCACUUUGAUUCAUUCCACAAUCCCCUGCAAAUCUGGUUUUCUUAUGUUGACUUACCACUAUUUGCUGGCAGUCAAGUGAAAUUGCUUGUCGUAAACACAGCACUAAACCCACUUUUGGAUCCAUUAGUAUUAGGGCAUUUGGACAUAUAGUAACCAUUUUUUUUGCAUUUCUAGCAAAUACUGUUGUUGAGGUCCUUCUAAUUUACAACACGUGUUGAACUUGAACUCGAAUGACCCCCAACCUCAUGGUUCGAUGUUUAGGCUUGACCUCUUCCAGCUGAUUUGCCUCGUAAAUUAAUCCUACUAUCGCCAUCUCUAUUCGUUUUUUGGAAGCCUGGCUUGGGAUAUCGAUUGGCCGCAAACGCACCGUUGUUGCCACCGAAGGUGCCGCCAUCUGUAUGACCAACAAAUUUGUGUUGAUGAUAUGAGCAGUAAUGUUGAUUCCCGAAUGAGUGACCCCACCCAUUCUUCUUCGAUAUUGAAACCGGUCCGUCUCAAUUUCUGGAAUGUCUCGACAAUUUGAUUUAUGUAGCUUUUCAUGCUAUCGUGUUUUUUCAAUCUUGAUGAUAUGAGUGUGCGUAGGAGACCUAUUUCAACGCAUGAAUCCACUGUCAUCGUACAGGUUUUUCAGACUCGUCAACACGUCCUCGGCCGUUUUUGCAUAUUUCACGUGCCCCAUUGAGUGAGGUUCAGCUUAGCCUUUGCCUUUUUGAUAGUCUUCGUAUCUGUCUCUUUGUCAUCGAUACAUUAAUUCAAGCCUUGGAGAUUAAUAAUAUUUUCGACAGCAAACGCUUAGUCAUCAUAGUUCUCACUGCCUAAAAGCUUCAGCACACUUGUUAAGUAGUUAAUUGCCAUCUUUCUUUUAAGAGGAACAGGAACUGAAGGCGACUCGCGACACUACAAAUUGUUUUUAUUUUGCUGUUCGAAGAGAUAACUAAAUGUGAUAUGAGCCAUCUGGAACCAUAACCCGUUGUUGGAAUAGCAGAUUUUUAUAGAUAAAGCAAAAGUUGUUGAAGACAAAGGCUGUAGUCGUGAUAAAUUUUUUUAUUCAACUGCUUUAAAUACAAAACAAAUGCAUGGUAGUGCUGCCAUUUAACAAUAUGGAUAUUGCAUACAUUAUACAUAGGUAGAUGUCGCCACAAAUAUCAAAUAAGAGAACAUUGGGUAUUUCCAACAGUAUUUGCCCAGGUUUUGUUCUCUUUAACUGACUGAAUAUUUAGAUAUUUUAUAAUUAAAAAUGGGGAAGUUUAUAACUUUAUAAACAGUGUACAUUCCCAUUGUCCAUCCACUCAUGUAAUAAGAGUAUUUCGUAGUUGGAAAUUGCAUAUGUAGAGAGAUAUCGAUUCAGUUUUUACAAAUUUUUAAAAUUGUUGACAUGUACAUGGCAAGCUAUUCUGAAAUUGUUAUGAACCUCUUAAAUGUUUCCAAAAAUUGAAGAUAAUUAAUUGGUGCAUACUUGAAAAUAAAUAUUUUUGAGUGAAAAAAUGUAUCGAAUCUAAAGUAAGAAAUGAGAAAAAGCAACAAAUGUUUUUCAUUGUUACACUUCAAAAAAGUUUUUGCUAAUAUUACUUUUGUCACAUUUUGGGUAGGAUAGGGGAAAGUUUUAUUUAAAAAAAAUCUUUCAAUGUGAUGUCACCUCAAAAUUCCAUUAUUUUCUUUCUUUGAACCUCAUUAUUCAAUAUUGUAAUGACAUAGAUCAAGAUUAAUGAGUCUGAUUGUUGAAUAUGGAAUUUUUAUAAGAACGAGUGGUAAGGAUGUAUCAAGUGUGUGACUGAUAUGAAGGAGUUUGCAUGUUUUUUGAAUAACAUUAACUCACGGUACUUUGUUUCCCAAUAUUUGGCAAAUUAUAGAAACUUACUAGUUUUUUCAUCAGUAUUUUAAUUCGUUUUCUGAUUCCAAACUGAAAUUUAUGUAAUCAUUGGUUUAUGUCAUAGAAACGCCAAACUUUUUUUAGUCGUCAAGUGGCAUUCCUGGACAUGUUAAAUUAUCGCAGUGUGGGUCAAACUAUUACUUGCUACAUUUUUUAUGUAAUGUGUUCUCGUCGAGACUGUAGGAGACGGUCUAACAUUUAUUUCGUUUAAAGACAACUUCUGAGAACAUUAUGCACCAGCAUAUGCGAGGUGAUAUGCCAUAUUACCUCUUAUUUUUCUCUAAAAUUAAUAAUACGAUUACUUUCUGAAGUGCUUUUGUACAACAUGUUAUUUUAUAUGUUUCACCUCACGUCUAACAUGGUAAUAUUUCCGUUUCUUUUUGAAAUGUUCUCGUACAAAAUGUUAUUUUGUACGUUUUACUUCAGGUCUUGAAUCAGAAUUUAGAUUUUUAGCAGGUGAAAAAGGUUAUUAUGAACAAAGCCAGUAAUUUUUCAUUUUCAUAUAUAAAAAAAUGGUCCAUAGUUUGAGAGAAGCUGUGAAGUGUGUGAAAAUCUCUCAUUGUGGAAAUAUGAGAUGAUGUUUGUCUGGUCUAGUCAUUUUUGUAGAUGUUGAUAUGAUUUUUGCGUGAUCUUUAUUGAAAGUCGAAUCUGUGAUUGAAGCUGUGAUAUGAUUUUUGUAGCGUUCAUUAUUACUAACUAGCAUGCACAUAUACAUAUAUAUUUUAUUUAAAUCGAAUAUUUUUCAACAACUGUGAUAUUUUUCUGCUUCUUGCUAUUUUUGUUUCAAUAAUUAGAUAUGUUACAGAUGAUGCAGUUAUAUUGACGUGUACUGCCAACUAUGUAGUAUAAUUAAAUUUUUUUCGGUGCUAUGUCACUUCAGAAAUGUCAAUUUUGAAUUACCUGAUGAUGAACUGGGAUUCUAACGAUGAUGAUUCACUAUUUCUUUUAGUUGUGGAAACAAAUUCCGAAUGAAAAACCAACAUCUGUGAACGAAGUUAUUUGUAUUUUAAUUUGGAAACAUCAGGUUUUUGAGAAAAUUUCGAUUUUGACAUUUUCAGAUCAUUACAAUCA